CUGAGCGGGUCACGUGACGGACCGUCGCCCAGGUUGUGGCGAAAGCAUCCUGGUGAUAGCAGUUAGCUUACCGCUAAUCAUUUACAUUUGUCAACAUUUUUUUUAUGUAUUGGGCGAAUAUUAACGAGGCUCUAGCCAGGACAAAGAGGAUAAGAAACAACCGAAACGGCCUUUUUUUCUGACAUGGUUGAAUAGCGGAUAUCCGAACAGGCUCGUGAUCACUGCUAACUAAAUAUUAACUUUGACGAGGACUAGCAAAAAUUUGUUAGCCAGCUGCUAGUUUGUCAAAUUGCUACUAUCAAUCCAGCUAGCCCAGGAAAUGUAUCUUGUUAUCGUAGCAAUUGUGCUAACUAACUAGCAUCGUGUGUAUUUACGCAUCCGCGUUAACGCUAUUAUUACUCGAGGGUAGCUAAAUUGUGAAAAAUGACAACUGUUAAGCAGCCUAUGCUAACGUCACCCACGUCAACUUCCUCUUAACUAAGAUGAACACAGUAUCUCAAAACCAGUAACGUUACUGGCUGCCUUUCUCGGUGCUAAGGUUAAUAUUAAAAUAAAGCGGACAGCAGCUGGUUAACAGCUGUAACCUGCAUUUCUACGAGACUGCGAUUUCUGAUCGACAGCGGCCAAUAACAUGAGAUAAAUAAUGCGAAACUCUAAGAUGUCAAGCGAAUGGGGAUCAACGUUGAAGCAGCGGUAUUGUGUAGGACACACAGCUGUGCGCGCAUCUCGGUAAUCCCCGAAUACCUCUUAUACUGCAGACACAAUAGUUGCUUUACAUUGCUCAGCGUGUAAGUGUAAAUUGAAUAUCGCACAAUCGAGGAAGAAUCUGACCACCAAGUUCAAUUGGCAGCAGUCUACAUAGGCGAGAGUGUUUUCUUUCUUUUUUAAAUUAUGUCCGGGGACACAUCCGAUAGUAGUGAUGACUCCGAUGCAAAAACAAAUGAAAUGGCCUGUACCGUCAAGCAUCAGAUCACCAAUGCUAACCUCACAGGUCACACUGAGAGGGUCGGUAUGGAGAACUUUGAGCUGCUUAAAGUCUUGGGCACCGGAGCUUAUGGUAAGGUGUUUUUGGUCCGGAAGAAUACGGGUCACGAUGUGGGCCAGCUUUAUGCUAUGAAGGUGUUAAAGAAAGCAGCUAUUGUUCAAAAAGCAAAGACGACCGAACACACUCGCACCGAGAGGCAGGUGCUGGAGCACAUUCGCCAGUCCCCCUUCCUGGUCACGCUUCACUACGCCUUUCAGACGCAGAGCAAGCUGCAUCUCAUCCUGGACUAUGUGAGCGGCGGAGAGAUGUUCACCCACCUGUACCAGCGGGAUCACUUCCCCGAGGACGCGGUGCGGAUCUAUAUUGGGGAAAUAAUCCUGGCCCUGGAGCACCUGCACAAGCUGGGGAUUGUGUACAGAGACAUCAAAUUGGAAAACAUUCUUCUGGACAGUGAAGGCCAUGUGGUAUUGACCGAUUUCGGGCUGAGCAAGGAGUUUUUGGAGGAAGAGAAGGAAAGGACCUACUCUUUCUGUGGCACCAUCGAGUACAUGGCACCUGAGAUCAUCCGGGGGAAAUCGGGGCACGGCAAGUCGGUAGAUUGGUGGAGUCUUGGCAUCCUGAUGUUUGAGCUUCUGACAGGCGCUUCUCCUUUUACCCUGGAGGGCGAGAGAAACUCCCAGAGCGAGGUGUCAAAACGUAUUCUUCGGUGUGAUCCCCCGUUUCCCUCUAUGAUCGAACCCACUGCUCAGGACCUGCUGAGGAAGUUGCUGGUGAAAGAUCCUCACCGGCGGCUGGGCUCCGGACCACGAGGGUCCGAAGACAUCAAAGCACACGCCUUCUUCAAGGGGCUGAACUGGGCCGACCUGGCACAGAGGAAGGUGCAGAGUCCUUUCAGGCCCGAGCUGAAGAGCGAACUCGAUGUCGGGAACUUUGCUGAGGAAUUCACCGGGAUGGAUCCCGUGUACUCUCCGGCAAGCACACCGCCGAGCACCGACCGCCUGUUCCAGGGUUACUCCUUUGUUGCCCCUUCCAUCCUGUUCAACAAGAAUGCGGUCAUGGGAGACUUUGUUAAAUCCCACAAUGAUCGUCCGGCUUCAGCCUCGGUGCAACGCAGUGCAAUACUAGAGGAGUCCCAGUUCUUUCAGCACUAUGAGCUGUGCCUUCAUGGGCCACCCCUGGGUGAGGGUAGCUUCUCAGUGUGCAGAAAAUGCCGACAUAAGCAAACUGGCAACGAGUUUGCCGUCAAGAUCGUCAGCCGAAGAAUGGAGGCCAACACCCAGAGGGAGGUUGCUGCUUUGCGGCAAUGUGAAACUCACCCAAACAUCGUCAAGCUGCAUGAAGUGUACACUGAUCAGUACCACACAUAUCUAGUGAUGGAGCUUCUGCGAGGUGGGGAGUUGCUGGAAAGGAUUAAGAGGAAGAAACUCUUUGGAGAGGCGGAGGCCAGUCAGCUGUUACAGAGCCUGGUCUCGGCGGUCAGCUUCAUGCAUGAGGCCGGAGUCGUGCACCGAGACCUCAAACCAGAAAAUGUGCUGUUUGCAGAUGAGGCGGAGGACUCCAUGCUGAAAGUAAUAGAUUUUGGAUUUGCCCGCCUGUGCCCAGCAGGCAGCGCCCCCCUGCAGACUCCCUGCUUCACGCUGCAGUACGCUGCACCUGAACUUUUUGAGAGUGCAGGCUACGACAAAGCCUGCGACCUCUGGAGUCUUGGGGUCAUCUUGUACACCAUGCUGUCAGGCCAGGUGCCAUUUCAGAGUGAGCAGCGGGGGAUGACCUCAUCGUACGCCGCUGACAUCAUGCAGAAGAUUAAAGAGGGUGAUUUCUCAUUGGAUGGGGAGGCAUGGAAGGGCGUAUCGGAGAACGCCAAAGAGCUUGUUAAAGGCCUACUGACCGUGGACCCAGAGACCCGUCUCAAACUGUCGGAUCUGAAAGAGAACAGCUGGCUGCAGGGCGCAGCGUCCAUGUCCACCACUCCUCUGUGCACUCCAGAUGUGCUAGAGUCUAGCGGGCCUACUGUUCGGACCUAUGUCAAUGCCACCUACAAGGCUUUCAACCUCGGUAAGAGAGAAGGUUUCUUCCUGAAGAGUGUCGACAAUGCUCCGCUUGCAAAACGCAGAAAGCUGAAGAUGACGAGCACGGGCGUCGAGACCCGCUGGAGCUCAUCCUCUUCAUCGUCCUCCUCCUCCACGUCCUCCUCUGCUUCUGCAACCACAUCCAAGACUCAGCCAAAACAAACUGGGACCCCGAAGAAAAGCGGGACCCCGAAGGAAACGAGCUAGCCGAAAUGGCGCGGAGAGAACGGAAGGGAAAUAAAGAGGUAUAUGCUUAUACGUUAACGCAGUCUCCUCUGGGGGGGUCACCCAGUUCCCAAAAAAAAAACCCACUGACAAACCAAAAGGCCGGUCCAGGUUGGUUGUUUUCGGUAGAAAAAAACAGCAACGCAAAAUUGUUCAUUAUGCCAUAUUCUCCCCAAACCAAACUGUUUUUUUCUUUGAAUGGAUGGAGUAGAUGGUAGACGUCUAGUUUUACAUCAUUAAGAUGUACAGAAAUCUGUGGCCUUGAGAAAAACAUUUGUAUCCAGUAUUUGCUGACUAUAGUUUGAGGAUAGCUCACACUGAAAAGUCAAAAAAAGAUACUUGAUUUCACUUUCGGUAAGAAACCGUGCCUGGCUAUAUAGGAACAAAGGGAAAACAGAGCCAUAAAUGAGUCAAAGCCAUAUUUAUAGCAACGCAAUGAAAUAAACGUUAUGAGAAAACACAGAUUUGUACGUUGCAAAUGAAAAUUCACAAACUGAAUCCUUCGAUAGUGUAUUUAUUCUGAACUUUACUGCACGCAAAACAAUUUGUCUAAAACUCAGCCCACGAGUGCUCUCCCACACAAAAGCACUAAUCUUUUUCUUGCUGUUGCACUAUUUGCUGAGAGCGUAGAUGAUCCAAAAAAGCCCAGAGGACAACGCUUCUGUACGUGUGACCUUUGCGAUCACAGAGCAGGCUGUUGUCACAGUGGUCUCUAUUGGACGCAGUCUCAACUGCACGUCUCCAUCAAUUCCUCUGAUAACGUUUUUGUUUAGUUUUUUUUUACACUCAUAGCGGUCGCAGAGUUGACCGUAACCCAACGGUAGGACUAGUAAACGCAGAUGGCGACAGAAACGGUUAUGAAAUGUGUGUGUGGUUUUCUCCUCGUACUGUAAAUGAUCCGCAUUGUUGUGCCGCUCCGACCAUUUCUAGCAUCCUAAUGUGUUGUGGAGAUGAACUGUAAGAACCUUUUUAAAAAAAAAAUAUUUUGGUAUCCCAAGUGUGCUAUGGAGAUGUUUUUAAUGUUAGCAAGUGCACGAGAGUGUUUGUACGUAGAUUUGGAGAACAAUCCAUCUUGGUGGUUUAAUGUGUCCAUCGCCUUUUUCGCUUGUGAAAAGGGUAUUUUAGUUAUCUUUGCUGCCCUGUCAGACCAGCGCCGUAUGCAGCUCUCACAAAUAGGAUCUGAUGUGAUAAAGUGACAUUUUAUGUCCCCCGUUGGGAUGCCACUUGUGAUUUAAGGUUCUCCCGAAUUUGUCUUUCUGCAGAUGCGCUUUUAAAACAUUGUAUGGCUUUGAAAUUCACAGAUAGAGACACUUAAUAAUGAAUUUAAUAUGGUUCCAAUGAGCCCAUCUUGCAACUUCUGUGUAUAUACUCAUUCUUGAUUUAGAGCAAUGUAUGGAAUGAUUUUAAGAUUUGAAAACUGUUUUUAUGGUAUAUUAGUCUUCUGAUGUUUUUUUUCUUUUUUUACGUGUUGCACAGACAGUUGAUCAAUUAAACACAUUUCAGCUUUAAAGGUGCUUUCCUUUAUAUUUAUUACAUGUUAUUGAUAUUAAUGCUGUGCUAAUGGGAUUAAUGAUUGAAUUGGUUAUUGUGUACCAGCACCAUAAGAGAGGAUGUGUGUGUGUGUGUGUGGGACUGAACGAUUGUGUGGGAGGAUGAAUGGUGCUGGGAAGUUGGUCGUACCAAUAUUUCUGUACCAGAUGAAUCGAUAUUGCAAGUUACUGUAUUAUUUCCUUCUUGCUUUCCCUCUUUGUCUGUUUGUAAGGUUGUUUGUGUUUGGACAUUUGCUAUUUUUCUUAAUUAAUUGGUGUUUUUUUGUUGCAUUGAUGAUAUUUUUGCUUCCUUUUUUUGAGCAUUAUUAUUUUACAGAGAUGCACUGUCACUGAUGUUGUAACUGGGAAUUUAUCUUUUGCACCAUGUAUUUUAGUUUGGUGCAAAAUAAAUAAGACUUGGUUGUGCAUUGA